GGGUGGUCUUCAGAGCCAUGUCGCCGCGGUGCGUGGUGGUGCGUGUGCCUAGUUCGCGUUCGUGGUGCGCGCACAGGAGGAGGACGUUGCACUUUGUCCCCGAACAGCAGCAUCCUUCACUGUCAGAACCCCUGAGCUCUGGAACAAGGCGCAGCCCAGAUCUUGUGAAGGAAACGGAAGGGGGUCAAGAGCCACUCGGAGUGUUGAUGUUUAUAUUGCUGUGAAAUUUUCUCUAAGGCGGUAUUUUAUGGAUUAACUCUUCAUUGAUUACAUAGAACAGCAAUAUAGUUAUGGCGACUUUCCAGACCCUCAGAAACAGACACACGAAGACUAGGGCAUCUGUCAGAAAAAGCUUCAGUGAAGAUGUGUUCCAGUCUGUAAAGUCUUUAUUGCAGAGUGAGAAGGAGCUAUGCAACGUGUCAGCAGAGGACCGUUUAAAGCAAGACGGGACUGUCAGUUUGACUGAGGUCACUUUUCUAGGUUUUAACGAAGAAACGGAUGCUGCUCACAUACAGGAUUUAGCUGCGGUUUCUUUGGAACUUCCAGAUCUUCUGAAUUCACUCCACUUCUGCAGCCUAAAUGAAAAUGAAAUUAUUUGUAUGAAAGAUAUAAAUAAAUCAUCAGCUGUGAACAAUGGUCCUGUAAAUCAGAGUCAUCAUUCUGGAAUGCUUUGUGUCAUGAGAGUGUCACCUACAUUACCAAGACUCAGAAUUGAUUUUAUCUUUGGUCUCCUAAGUAAAUACGCGACUGGUAUAAGGUACACCCUGGACACGUACUUGCAUCGGAAGCGCCACCUCGAGACCACUGAUGAAGACGACGACGAUACCAACCAGUCCGUGUCGUCCAUAGAGGAUGACUUCGUCACUGCUUUUGAGCACUUAGAGGAAGAAGAGACCUCGAAGCCGUAUAAUGAUGGAGUAAACAUUACUGCACCAAAAAGCCAGUGUGAUGCUGCCUCACAGACUGCUGCCAGUCACCAUUUAGAAUCCCACGAUUUAAGGAUUCUGGUCAGCUCUGGGCGGCAGAUGUCGUCGGCUAAGCCUCCAACUUCCUCAAUAAAUAUUCUGGGACAUAAAGAACAACCUGUGAAAACUUCAGUCACAACAUCAAUUUCUGAGCCUUGGAUCCAAAGGAGUUUCUAUAGGCCGUCUAACGCCCCGGAUAAAGGGACUGAAACACAGAAAACGGUUUUUUCCUCUUCUCCUGCCUACUCAUCUGAAUCAGAGUGCUCGAGUCCAAGUCCUGUUAUUUUCUUAGAUGAAGAAGGAUAUCAGAAAAGUUUAAAGGCCAAACUUGAGUUACCUAAAAUUCCCGUGACAAAAGAUGAUAUAGAGGAUUCAGACUCAGAAGUAAGUGAAUUUUUUGAUAGUUUUGAUCAGUUCGAUGAACUAGAACAAACUUUAGAGAGUUCUUGUCCAUUUCUAGAAGAUCGUGUCACAGGGAAGCCAUCGCAGAAGAAAGGGCAGAAACAUGAAAAAGCUUGUUCUGUAGCCACUGCUAUGAAUCCUCAGAAAUUUAAGUUUGAUCGCCCAGCUCUCCCAGCUAAUGUCAGGAAGCCGACUCCUCGUAAGCCGGAAUCCCCUCACCUGUGCGAUGCUCCCGACUCUCCUCGCCCCGUGAAGGCGUCCAGGGAGGACCGGGGCUUGUUCAGCCCCAUCCGUUCCUCUGCUUUUAGUCCUCUUGGAGGCUCUACACCUGUUGAAUGUUUUUGCCAAACAGAUGCCGGUGGCGAGAGGAUUCAUGAAAAGCAUGAUUCUGUUUAUUACACCUAUGAAGAUUAUGCAGACAGCAUUUCAUGUGAAGUCCUGGGCUCGGUUCUUCACACCCAACAUACUAAUGCAACCUCAAACACUGUUAGUGUUAGAAAGGGAGAAAAUGAAACCAUAGCCCUUAAGAGUGGAAGCCUCGAUCAAAAAAGUAAGUCUAGACAUGCAUCUUUAAUGAUUAAAGAUAGCAUUCAAAAAUUCGCCGCAGAUCUCGUGGAGAAAAGCUUCGUUGGUGCGUUUAAAGACUUGCAGAAAGGGGUCUCUUCGUGUACCAACGCAUUGUGCCAUUUAGCCGUCAGAUUGACGGCAUCUGUUUUUCAGAUGGCGUUUAACGAACUGAGAAGGCAGCGUGCAUUUUCGCUGCAAGAGCGUGCCAUUGGUGGUCUGGCUAAUUUUUUGGUGAGCGAAGCUUUAUCAAAUGCUUUAAAAGAUCUGCAGUACGUGAGGAAGCAGAUGCUUACACACACAGCUGCCGGCUUCGCCGCGGGCCUCGCUGAGGAGCUUGUUUUUGAGGGCAUCAUGGAAGUGUGUCAGUUUUCCUGUCCCCCAACACCCGCCUCUCCACCGUGUCGGUCAUUUGACUACGAAGACAAAGUAGUGAAGUCAUACGCGAAAGAUCUGUCUGAAUCUGUAAUACAAGAGGCAUUCAUUGAGCUGUCACAGGUCGAUGUGACCUUUACAACAAAGGCGGCAGUCAGCAUUUCCACAGAUAACGUAAAGUAUGUGAGUGCAGAAAAUUCAGUGCCAUCAACACGGGCCCCCACGUGUUCCCCUCCUUUUAACAAUCAAGCAGUUAUGGCGACAAGACCAGCGCAGGACUGUGAAAAAGAAUACACCGGUCAGCAGGCCUUGGUUUGUACUUCUGGAAUCGUCACUUCUAUUCCAGUGCCCUUGUUUUGUACUUCUGGAAUCGUCACUUCUAUUCCAGUGCCCUUGGCUGGAAGUGCCCUGCUCCCAUGUCGCUUUUCGGCUGGUGUGUGUCAGGCAGAGUCUCACCCGUCAUCUGGUGAUAGUAAUUUGAGUGGCGGUUCUACUGAAACACGUGUUUCGACAAAAAAUGAAGAGGAAGGAGCUUGUCUCAGAAAUAUUUGUUUAUCUUCAGAACAUAAUCCAGGUCAUCACAGUGAUUUUAAAGCAGCUGAUGAGGUUGUGGAAAUGCAGAGUUCUUCAACAUUAACAAAUGAUCCUGUGCUUAUUAGCAACUUUUCUGCAGCAAUGGUACACACGAUAGUAAAUGAAACUUUAGAGUCAGUGACGUCAUUCAAAGAUACAGUAACAGUUGACGAACACACAGAUGGUUUAACUAAAACCGUAAAGGGACAAACCCCUCCUUUCCAUUACGAUCCAGUGACGUUGCAACAGAGUGAAGCUAGCCAUAAGGACAUGUUUGCUGAUCGGUUAUCUAAAUCCAUUAUUAAACAUUCCAUAGAUAAAAGCAAAUCAGUGACCCCAAACGUAGAUAAAAAUGUGGAACACGAGGAAGGCUUGCCUAUUCCUGGAGAAGAGUCUCGGUCGACCGUGGAAAAGUGCCCCAAAUUCCCUGAUGCUCAAGGUCACUUAAAUCACUGUUCGCUUUCAGUGGGAAAGGAUGGUGUCCCCAAGUGCAGAGGUUCUGCAGCUCACGGGUUCUCUUUAGAGACACUACCACGUUGUCCACCUGCGGCAGGUCAGAGACCUGAUUUGAAGGAAGCCGCUAAGGACAAAUCAGUGAAAAACAAUAAUUUGAAUAAUACAACACCUGAGCCCUUGUCUUUUGGGCAAGACAGCCCUUUUCCCCAUUCACAUGCUUUCUCAUCCACAGUGCUUACAUGUGCAGAUGGUUUGCACGGGGAAGGUAAACAGAAAAUCAGAGAUGCAAAUGUGAUACCCGAUACUCCUCCAUCCAGUCCUCUAGUGCCGUCUCAGGCCAGUCCCGAAUGCGAUAUCAAGAAGCUCACCAAAAAGCUCAAGGGGGAGCUGGCCAAAGAAUUCGCACCUGCGACACCGCCUUCCACACCUCACAACUCGUCUGGCGGAAGUUUAUCUGAAAACGAACAAAACGCUAUUGAAAAGGAAGAAUUCAUGUUGAAGCUCAUGCGAUCUCUUUCAGAAGAAGUCGAAAGUGGUGAAGGCGAAGAUCUUCCAGAAGUGGACGUGAAGUCAGAGCACUCAGGGAAGAAAGUUCAGUUUGCAGAAGUGUUAGCGACACGCAUCGUUUCCCUUGCAACCGAAACGGCAGCUUCUCAUCUAGAUAAUAACAUCAUUCAAGAACCCAGGAUUAAGAGCCCUUGCUUAAAUGUGCAGAGUCCAAGAAGUGUAUCUCCUGCCUUUUUAAAUCACUCGGGUGAAGAUUUACAAACUUUACACAAUUUUGCAGGUGAUAUGGCAGCCGAAGUCGUUACAGAAGCUGAGCAAAUAGCAAAAGUUACAAGUUGUCUGCUUUUCAAGCAGAGGAGGAGCAGUUGUUACGUUGACGGUGCCCGGGAUGAUAGAUCAGAGGAGAGGUUGCAUGUGGAGGCCGCAGCACACCCGAGAGAAGAUCCAUUUAUUCUUUCAUUACCGAGUUCUCGCAUGUCAGGCCUGACAUACAAGUAUCCCAGCUGCGAAAGUGUGACGGACGAAUAUGCAGGUCACAUUAUCCAAAUACUGAAACAGGAAGGUGGUAAUGGUGAGUUACUGAUGGAUCAGUACGCCAACAGACUUGCGUAUCGAUCUGUCAAAUCAGGAUUGCAAGAAGCAGCCAAGACGGCCAGAGUGAAGUGCAGCUCACAAAUGCCCCUUGCGCAGAGCUCAGAGGUGGAAACCGGCAGCGAACUCUUACUGUUCUUACAUAAGGAAAACCGCCAAGACGCAGGUAAAAGAAGGCAAAGUAAAAGAAGCGGAGGUGACCUGUGUAAAAAUCAGACUUGUGAACGGGCACGGGACACGAGCCGAAGCCAGUGCUCGGAGCUGGACGGUUUCUCCACGUCCCUCGCUCGCAGCAUAGCACGAGAUGCUAGCAAAGCGCUGACGGCGCCCGCGGGUGGCUUGCCACAGUCCUCGGCGGAUUCCCGCCGUCACGAACAGCCCGGGUGUGCUGAGGGUGCCGAGCCUCACGCCGAGCCAGCAUUUCCCGAACCUCCUCAGCCUUCUUUGCAAAAUCCUGGAUUUUCCCCCCGUGCAGGCAGAGUCGGUGGGCGUGGUUGUGGAGAGAGUGUCGUUCAAGCUGUGGAACAGUGGGCUGGAGAGGUGCUGGGUGACACUUCCGAACUAAGGUUAGGGUCUGCGGUCGUCCGCGCGUCUGAGGCCACAAAAGCAGCAGGUGGGCCCACUUACGCAUCCAAGUUGUCGCCUCUCGUGAGCCAGGCGUGCAGACAUUGCGACCACAGAGAACUCCGUGACCCCAGUGGCAGUUCCGCUCAGCACUUCUCCAGACAGGACGCUCGUGGCAGGCCGCUCUCUAAUUCAAAACUCAGCCACAUCUAUCAGCAAUCCAGGAUUUUCCAUCUCGACGUCCCCCAAGUCCGUGUCGAUCUCGAUAAGAAGACAGCGCUUGCCGAGAAGAUAGUUGCCGAAGCUAUUGAGAGGGCAGAGCGAGAGCUGAGCAGCACCAGCCUGGCAGCUGACAGUGGGAUUGGACAAGAUGGCGUCAGCUUUGCUGAGAGCCUCAGCACGGAGAUAAUGACGUCGGCGAUGGCGAACGUCGGCCGUGCUCUGAGCAGUCCAAAAGAAAUAGAAGACUUUCAGUCAGCGGAGUCUUUGGGUAGCCAGCAGCUGAAUCUUAGUAUUGGUGAUGACAGCACUGGUAGCUGGUCCAAUUUAAGUUUUGAAGAUGAACACCAGGAUGAAAGCAGUAGUUUCCAUCAUCUAAGUGAAAGUAAUGGUAACAGCAGUAGCUGGAGCAGUCUUGCUUUAGAAGGGGAUUUGUAUGAGGACAGUUUCUCCUUUCCAGCAUCAGACAGCGAUGGGCCAGAUGAUAAAGAUGAAGAGCAUGAGGACGAUGUAGAAGGUUUGGAGCAAGACGGAAAGACACUGCUAAUAACGAAUAUUGACAUGGAGCCGUGCACAGUAGACCCCCAGCUGAGGGUCAUUCUUCAGUGGCUGGUGGCCUCUGAAGUCGAGGUCGCAGAACUUGCCUUUCAUGACUCUGCAAAGAAGGAGUUUGUACGACUUUCUAAACGAUUACAAGAGAAAGGAUGGGCGGUGGGCGGCCUCCUGCAGGCCGUGCUUAAGUACUAUGCCACGGUGGAGGAGACCCACAGCGAGGACGGACGCAAGUCGCUGUUUGACUGGCUCCUGGAAAACGCAUAGGACAAGCUCCAAACCAGUAUAUUUUAUUACCUGUUUUCGGAGACGAAGAAAGAAAGAUGCGUAGGAUAAAGUCUGAAUAGCGAAUAUUGACAUUUAAAGUGAAUUAGGGGGAAGUCAGUGCAGCCUUUUGAGCUCAUUGCGUCAUCACGUGGUGUAUAUAGUUCAUACUUUUGUAGUCUCUGUCAGAUGUUAUCUUCACUUAUUACUCUCCACACAUGUGUAGUACGUUAAGACCCUACGAAGAUGUAUUUGAAGGAAGGUCCAGCCAUCGGGUGUCAGGGACAUUGUCCGAUGGCGUUCUUUUUGCAUCCAAAUCGUGCUGCUAGAAACUCCUCUGAGGUGGCUGAGGUUCCAGGGAUAAAGAGUUAGGGUUCUUCUCCUUUGCAAACAGAUGGUAUCCUGUUAGUAACUAAUCCAACAUCAAAGAAUAGCUUGAGGUAAUUUUCUUCCGAUAGUUUUUGUCUCAUUUUGAAAGUCAAUUUUUUCAUAGUUACUGGUAGCUUUUUGAAUGCCCCAAACUAUUUAAUUUCUUAGGAACAUUAGUAUUUUAGGUUUCUAUUAAUACCAUAAAUGAUAGUUUCCCCAGCCUUUCAUCAGAUUACAUUAUUUGCUAAUUUUGCCAAUUGUUCUGGAAUGAAAGCAAAUGUGUGCGUGCGCGUGUGUGCGCGUGUGUGAGUGUGUGUGCGUGUGCAUGUGCGCACGCAUGUGUAUGUGUGUAAAGGAGUACUUUCACCUGGCUAGUGGUUUGUGCCCUCUUUUAUUUUAAUGUGUUUACGUGAGAGAUCCACUGUUAAUGUUAAAAAGGUGCUUUAAAAUAAAAUGUCUAUAAUGAUUGUGCAGUAAGAAUUUUUAUUUCUCUUUAAUCAAAGUGCAAAACAUUUAAAUUUUAAAAAUUUAUAUUGAUACGGAAAUGCAUUUAGAGAAGCCCAAUAAUGAUUUCCACUCUUUAAAUUUUUGAAAAAACUCUCCACUUUAGCAAGGAUAAGCUUUUUCUAGGAAAAAAAAAAAUAGGCACCCCCCUCCCGGAUAAAAUCCGUUAUUUUUGUAAAGUCCUCCGACACGGCCCAGCUGGGCUCUCCGUUUCCUGUUAGAAGGUGCGUGUCGACUUGAGAGGGGACUGAGCUUGUGUCUUGGUUUUGUCUGUGAGGGUGUGCAUGUGUGAAUUUUCGGUUUCCAUCAGUAGAUUUCGUCACCCAGAGUCAAUCACUUCCUGUUGGGGGGCUUUGGUUUUGCUCCGUUACAUAUUCUUUUCUUCCUGAGCACUGACUUUUUUGGAAGCUUCACAAAGUGUGGAAGACAUAGCACCUGUUGGGGGGCCAGGCAUAGGGGCACUCAUAUUAAUUCGAAUUAAUAAUUAUGGUAAGGAAAUGUAUUUUAUAAGGAAAGAGUCAGAUUUGCUUUUCAAGAAAAAUACCAAGAGCUAUUUAAAUAUUUUGAAGUUUCAUUACAAGCUUUUUUUUUCCCUCAAUUUAAGAUAAAUAGAGUAAGCCUUAAAAAUAAAUUUUCCUAAAAUUUCUUCAAGUAUUUUUAAGGGAGAAAUGCAGGAAAUGUAUAUAAGAAUUGUUUAUGUCUUUAGCUUCUCAGAACUUGAGAUGCAGCAGCACUGGCCUGGGUUUUUAAACGUCGGGAACUGUUGUUAAUUAUAACAUAGAUAAUUGAUAUUAAGUUUAGAUCGAAUUUUUACAAGUAUAUAACUAUCGAGUUGUGUUUAGUAACUUCAGUGUAUGUACGGGUUUGAUUCACAGCAAAACCGAGAGCUGGAUUUCUUUUAAACUAAAGUGACAUUAUAUUCCUUUUGUAAAACUUUAUGCUUGAAAAUGUCUCUUUCUCUUUGGGGUCGUAAUCAUUUUGAGGUGAGAUUUUCCUCGUGUCUUCUUUUCUUUUCGUUGCAUUUUUCGGGAGCCGUGCUGGAUUCAGAGUUCCCGUUUUCGGUGGCUUCAUGCAGACAGGCCAGUCGCUGGCUGUCGGCGUGCCCGGGAGUGAUCACGGUGGGACUCAUCUGUGUCAGUUCAGUGCAGGGCGUAGAGACGAAUACUAUGAGUUGGUAGAUGUGAAAAGAAGCGGGAGUUAAGCUUCCUUUCGUAGAGAGAAAGCAUUUGUGUUUAGAGCAGUAUCUUUUAAUCAAGUACAGUCUAAACUUACUUUCCUUAAAGGCACUUUGUGAUUUUUCUCACGGCAGUCGAGGUCUGUUUGGUUGCUCAGUCUUCAGAACAGCUCUACUCUGUCCUAUUUUUACAAAUCUACUUGACAUAUUUAUAUUAUAACAUUGUAAUGUUGCCAUUCUGUAGAUUUUGACCCUUAUGAAAUAUCACAUCUCAUUCAGAACGGUUAAAAGUUGUGAUGUACAUUCAGUUGAAUUCUCUGUUUAUCAAUUUUAGAAGCAUCGAAGGCUCUAUGGAAAGAAAGUGAACGAGGCCUUCGAGAAGGGAGUUUCAGAACUUUAUUUUACAGCGAAAUGUGGCGAUUCUUUCGUGUCUUUUUCCCAAGCCGAGUUUAAAUUACAUUUAUGUUUUAGGUAUUGUUAAUGUUGAUUUUGAAAGUAUUUCCUGAUUCAUACAAAAGGAAUGCUUUAUUUAUAAGUCACAGAAGAAAAUUACAAUGUCUCUUGGAUGGUUUGGUACAAUUUAAUGGAAUAAAACCUUUAAGUGUUCGCUCAGUGAAUGUAUAUGGUGACAUCUGUAUACUUUGAAAAGUGUUCCACUUAUCCUUUCAGAUAUUUCACGUGAGUUGAUUCAAUUCAUAAUACUUUCAUUUUGCUUAAGUAAGGGUUUUAUGUUGCUGGUAGGAGAAUUUACUUAUUAAAUGCGCCAUCUAUGAAGUGAGAGUUUGCCCCGUGACUUUGACAUCAGUGCACAUUCCCCAAAUGCAGAUUUUAACCUUGACUCAUCAUCAGAGUCCAGACCCAAACGUCUCCUUCGUUAAUGAUUUAGCUAAUAUUAUUCUUCCACAAUUAAUAGUAUAAAUUUCCCAUCAGGGUAUUGCUUUAAAUUUUACAUUUUUCAAAGAAAGCUUUACACCCAAAUUUUCAAAAAUAAUGCAUCUGUACCUUGAGUGUAGGGGAGAUAACUUUCAUUUAAAACGCUGUCCACCUGUCACCAGCACAAGAGAAUUAGAGCGUCAUUGAGAAUUAUAAAAUUGUACUAAAGUUAAAUACUUUUUUUUUUUUUAGCAAAAGACCCUGUACGCAUUUACUCACUCAACCGUAUUUCUGUUCUGCAGAGGCAGAUGCAAUGUUAGUCACUCUUGUCACUUUAUUUAUUUAUUUUUUUUUACCAUCCAUGUACAUUCCUUUCACAAGGGUGGGAUUGGAGUUCUAGAAGUUCAUCGUUUGUUUUUGUUGUAAUGUUUGAAUACUAUUUAAUAUCAGGUUUUAAUAUUGCUGGAUUUGCUACCUUUGUUUACUUGUGCAGUGUUAAAAGUAAUUCACUUUCUUGUUUAAUAUACCAGAUAUAUAGCAAAAGCAGCUUUAAAUAACUGCAGCUGUUAUUUGUGCGGAAUUACUACAUUGAGAUCUCAUGUAACAGUAACUUCUUUUUUGCUUUUCAGUGACUUAUUAUGUUUAUUUACCAAGAUAUGAACUUCAGGAUACACUAAAAUUUUGUUGUAGUAGUGGUUCAAAAUAAACAUUUCAGAAAUUACUUUUGUAAUAAUUUGCAGCUAAUUGUUCUUUUAUCUUUUAUCAAUUAUUAAAGUCUGUGAUCUUUCCUCUUCCAACUGAGAAUUCUCCAAUAAACUGAAGAGAUGCCUGGC